UUCAGUGUACUAUAUCCAUCUCGAUCUGUGUUCAGAUCUGUGUAUUAGUACAGUUGAAUUGCACAUCAUAGCUUUCUGAUAUGUGUACGGUUUCGGAUCAUAAAAUUUUACUUGGUUGUAAGAUUUUGGAUCAGUGUACCAUUACAGAUCAGAAAAUGUAUAGCAAUAAAUUUCGCACGCUCAGGCUCCCGACGUGUGUCAGUCCUGCUCUGACUGCUGCAGACAGGCCAAGACUGCAGCCACAACCACCACCGAAAAGGAGCCCAAAAGGCAUUGCGACGAUGACGGAGCUCACGCGCCAGAACAGUAUUCGUGUCUCCAGUCGUCCGCAGUCUGUCCAGCUUCCUCCCAUCUUUGGCACUUCCUAUGUUAGAGGACUGUGUCCAAAUCCACCUGCUCAGGAAAAGACAACGCCUUCAGUUCAAUGCCAUCAAUCAUUUGACAAGGCCAGACUGCAGAGAAACCUUGCACAGAAGGUAUCAGAGCAGCACAUUGAGCAUCAAGUAGCCAAAGGCCGCAGAUACGAUUUCAUAGAGGCUCGGAGGACAGAAGUGCGUCGGCGUCAUGGGCGUGAAAAGGUGGAAAUGGAGGAAGCUCUCACUCUACAGAGAGCCAAGCUGGAACAGGACGUCCAUCAUAUGCGUCAGAAACAUAACCAGUUUCUGGAAGAGAAGAGGAGGAGGAUUCAGGAGCAAGAGAUGGUUUGCCGUUUCAACCAACACCACAACGCUCGAGCGAGGGCUGUACACCGACACAACGACUGGAAACAAGCAAAUGGAGUUGAGUAAAAGUGCUCCAGUACGCUCAAGUUGAACGACCCCCUCAAGCAGUUGGAAAUGGUGAAUAAUGAAUGAAAACGGGCUCCUCCUCAUCAUGGCGGACGGCCUCAGGCUCCUCCACUCGCUCACGGACGACAGCCGCCCCUCCACAACCCAGGCGGCUGGCAGCGAGUUCGUCCGUUCCCCUGGCGAGUUACUCCAGCCCACCGCCGCGAGCGUCCACUGCAGCAGACUCUGCUCAGAUGCGCUCGCUGGCACAGCGGAUUUCCCACAGUUGCGUUCCUCCUUUCUUCUGUUUAAAGUUUAAAGUUCACAGAAGAAGGAGGCGGGAAACCAGCGAACGUUCAACAUAAUGCUUUAAUCAUAAAAUCCAAGCCUGGUCCUCCCUCAUAAAAGGCCAAAUGAACCAGAUAAAAUGCUCUUGCAAAUGAUUUUGAUCUAGACCAAGCAUGAGCUGAUUGCCUUGAGCUUUUUAUAAGUGGUGGGUUUAGUAAACUAAACCAAUGGCUUGGAGCAGGAAACAUUUACUAAAAAACAUUUAUUAUUAA